AUAAAAAAAGGUUCAAAACCCCUUGUGACUUGGAUAAAUCUUUAUAGAAACAUUAAAAAAAAACCUUAACACCACUUAUCUAACCUUUGCUUCUCUGCUCCUUGUUUGCUGCAGUUGUGGAAAAGAUUUGUGUAAAGAAAGACCUCGAGAUGAAAUCUAUCACAGUGAAGGCAUAUCCAUACUACGAGUCACUGGGAACCGCCUUGUACAGCAAAGAACGCCCAACAUGGAAGAUGCCCGAGCCCUUCACAGAGCCUGUUCUCCACAUUAUCUGGAAAUUCCUUGUGGAGAAGAAACUAUCAGAACACAUCAAUGAUCAGAUGCGUCCACACUUCUGCAGAGUGGAUUUGAAUGACCCUGAAGUGAAACUCAGCCCUGUGCCAGAGUUUUUGAGGCAGCAAGGUCUGACUGCAGAACAUGUAGAAAACUGGAUGAGUAAGGUCCAAGAUGCCUUCCGUUGCCUGAUGUCUCAGUACAUGGCAUUCGAAUGUCAAGCAAAUACACCGGGAUGGAGAGCUGCAGAGAAAGAUGUCCGUUCAGUUGUGAAGGAAGAUGCCAUCCUGGUGCUGGAUGCAUCCAAAGGGGUUCUGACUGUUGCUGGCCGAGCUGAUGAUAUGAAACGAAUCAGGGCUCCUGUGGAGAAGAUUCUUCUGAAAGCCAUGAGUCACAUUGAACGGCAGACAAAGAGCAUCUCUGAGGAAAUGAUUUUGCCCCCUGCAUGGUUCUACAUCCUGAAGCUGGAGGGGCUCCAGAAAGCUGCUCUGGACAUUUCUCCUGAGAUGAAACUCUCUUAUGAUGAAGGCACCCAGAAGUUAACCAUUACAGGACUCAGUGCAGAGGUCUUCGAGACUAAGUCAUGGAUCUUGGAGAGGAAUGUGAAUAUGAGUAAGAAACAACAGAAUGUCCCCCCAUGUCUUCUAGACUUUCUCAGAACAUUGGAUCCCAUGGACUUGUCCCAGGAUCUGUUCACAUCUCAAGGCAUCAGUGCAGUCUACACCAUCGACAACAAAGGGCUUCUCCUGUUGGGGAGUUCUGACAGAAUCCUUGCUGAUGCGGAAAGUAAGAUGAAGGCUGCUUUGGCUCAUCAGAUUGUAAAUGUGGAAGAUCCGGAAGUUCUAAAACUCCCUACCUGGAUGGACCUGAAACAAAACCUGCUGGAUACCUACAACUUAUCGAAGAAAAAAACUGUGGCCAUUCAGAUGCACCCAGAGAGAAAAAUAACAGUGGCUGGUUUUGUGAAUCCAGUGAUAGAGGUCAGCCAGAGUCUGAGGGUAUUUGUUGAGAACUACUCACGAGUUCAAGAAACCAUUCGUGUCCAAUCCUGUGCUGCUGUUCAGUUUAUUGAAAAGAAAAGAACAGAGGAAUGGUCCAGUAUUGCCAAAGAUAAUAAUGUUUCAGUAAGUUUUCAUGUAGAGAGGCCAAGAAUCAGCUUUGCUGGAGCUCGUCUUCAUGUCCAGAAAGCCAAAUCCUGCUUUAUGGAACUGGCCAGUGCUCUCUUCACUGACACCUUAACUGUGGACAAGCCCGGAGCAAAGAAAUAUUUCCAAACCCAAGGAAGCAUUUUCCUGCCUACAAUAAUGAAUGAGUUAAGAUGUGUUAUUCUCCUUCGUCCAGAGAUUGAAGAGGAAGAAGAAGAGGAAGUAGAGAAUUAUGGAGGAGAAACUACCCUGUGCAGAGUGCAGACCAACAGUGGAGUACUGAUUUCUGUCAGUAAGGUGGACAUCUGCAGCUUUGGUGUGGACGCUGUGGUCAAUGCAGCUAAUGAGGACUUAGACCACAUUGGUGGCCUGGCUUUGGCACUGCUAAGGGCUGCAGGACCACAGCUGCAGAGAGAAAGCAGCGACUACGUCGCUAAAAAUGGACGUCUACGUCCUGGUGACGCCAUCAUAACAGAUGCAUAUAACCUGCCUUGCAAACAUGUUGUCCAUGCAGUUGGUCCACGAUUCUCUGACUUUGACAGGAAGACAUCAGUGUCACGCCUGAAGACUGCAGUUAGAGAAAGUCUGAGACAAGCAGAGAUGGCCAACUGCUCCAGCGUUGCACUGCCAGCGAUCAGCUCGGGCAUCUUUGGUUUCCCUGUUGACCUCUGUGCUGAGACCAUAGCCCAGGCAGUUCGGGAGCACUGUGACAGCCCACAAGGUCUGAGAUCAUUAACUGAGAUUCACCUGGUGGACAACAAUGAUAGCACCGUCAGAGUCAUGGCUACAGCUGUGAGCAAGGAGUUCUCAGACCUCAGACCUACAAUGACCAUCCCACAGCAAGCAGGCGGGAAACGAACAGGAGCUUCAGGUGGAUAUCACCGAGGUCGAGGCAAACGAGGUCAGAGCCAGUCACAUGGUGCCAGUUGGUCU